CCGCCCGCCAGUGGAGUCCAGCUGGAUAUAAGAACGGUUUGCUGCUUGUCCCACCGACCUCCCCAUCACCUGACCACAGCAAUGCACGCGUGAGGUCUGCAGUCGCUACUAUCUCGAGGAAUACACCAUUGGCACUUUCUGCCGGACGCGUUUUCUUAGCCUGGACCCGCGCCAGGAGCAUUGGUGCGCAAGUUCCCACCUCACAGGAGCCCUACCUAGGUCACCACACCCCAUCACAGCGCACGAAGAGCCCUUCAUCGCUCACCAUGGAGCAAGUACUGGAAACCAUUGUGCCUGAAAAGGCCAAGCCAGUGCUCUGGGGUGCGCACAGCAAUAAAGCCAAGUGGGAAAGCCUCAUCGGCGUGCUGGCCAUCAUCACCUGCUGUCCCGUUCUCUGCAUCCUGAACUGGGUCGCCUUGGAGCAAUAUGGAGGCUCCUUGUUCGAUUGCAUGUCGGCCGCUCUCGACUACGGUCCUGGUCCUGUGCUUUAUGUUAUCGAUCACCUACCCAAGCCCUCGCAAGCUGCAGUCGCUGGAUACGCAGGCUGGCUUCUCUUUCAAGCCAUCCUGUACGGCGCGCUUCCGGGCGAGAUCUGCUUCGGCCAGCAGACCCCAGCGGGACACCAACUGCACUACAAAACGAACGGACUUCUGGCGUGGACAUUGACACACGCUCUGUACAUCGGUGCCUCCUGGUAUGGCUACAUUGAUCCUGCGCUCAUUGCGAAUAAUUGGGAGGGUCUCCUGGUGGCGGUCAAUGUGUAUGGUUUCGCUCUGGCAAUCCUUGCGCAAGUGAAGGGCCACCUAUUCCCAUCGCAUCCGGAGGACCGCAAGUUCAGUGGUAGUCUGAUCUACGACUUCUGGGCUGGCGUCGAACUCAACCCUCGAUUUGGCUCCUACUGGGAUUUCAAGUUCUUCCACAAUGGUCGUCCUGGUAUUGUGGCAUGGACUUUGAUCAACUUUUCUUGGGCAGCCUAUCAAUACCAACGUCUGGGUUACGUCACCGACUCGAUGGUGGUCGUCAACAUCUUGCAGGCCGUGUACGUGGUGGACUUUUUCUGCAAUGAGAACUGGUACACGAGGACCAUCGACAUUAGCCACGACCACUUUGGAUUCAUGUUGGCCUGGGGAGAUACCACAUUCUUGCCCACCUUCUACACCUUGCAAGCUCAGUAUCUCGCCCGCUACCCCACUCACCUGUCGAGAGGCCAGGCUGCGGGUAUUCUCGCUCUUGGAUUGUUUGGUUAUUCCAUCUUUCGUUCUGCAAACUACCAACGCGACCAUGUUCGUUCGAAGCAGGGCGAGGCCCGCAUCUGGGGACGACCUGCAGAGUUUAUUCGCUGCAAGUACCACACCAGCGAUGGCAAGGAGCACACCAGUCUCCUGCUGACUUCGGGCUGGUGGGGGGUUGCGAGACACUCCAAUUAUCUUGCAGAUUUGGUGCAGAGCUUCGCAUUCUGCAUGACAUGCGGCUUCACCAAUAUUAUGCCAUAUUCUUACUUCUUCUUCAUGUGCAUACUGCUUACUCACCGAGCCCGAAGAGACGAGCGGAGAUGCCGCGCCAAAUACGGAGAGAAGUGGGACCAGUACUGCCGAACGGUGCCGUACACUAUGAUACCCGGCAUCUUCUAAAGACUGUCUUCCAAGUGGGAAGGACAGUUGGCUGAGGGCCAGAUGGAUGGACGGAUGGAUGGAUGGGAGGCGAGGAGGAGAUUGGGGAGUAAAAUGUAAAGGGAGCCUUUUUCAACAUAGAUUACAGCAUUAG